GUUAUAAUUUCGAGUAGGGUCAGAUGUGACACGAUUUCUUUGAGGUCCGAAGACUGCGCAUGCCGAGUUCGUUCGCACGUGCGUUGUGCCCGUCAGGCGGUGUGUUCAGUGAAGCUGUGUCGCGCGCUGUGCGGGCUGCUUGAACGGGGUCUUGCUACAAACCCGCCAUGGCGCAACAGAAGAUUUUGGUCAAACUAGCCGUGGCACUUUCAGUACUGGGUGUCAUCGGUUUUUUCACCAGGAUGCCCAUUCGUAACCUCACAAGACAAGGGACAGCUACAAUGGAACGGUAUUUCAUCCAUGAUGGUCCUAAGGUAGCCGACCAGUUAAAACAACAGAGGAAUAAGCUGUCGGAGAUACUGAACAUUGCGAGGCGUGAACUGGCGGUUAUGAGCUGUAAAAUGAUUGAGAUGACGACAAAAUCUAAUCAGACUUCUGUUGCUGCUUCUGGCGGGUGGUGCAGGCAAUCGAGCAAAUCCACCGGUGGGCAACAUUUGUUUGACAAACCUCUGGCAGAGUACCUUUCACUUUUCUUUCAAAACCAAACCGUUGGAAGUUUUGGGGAUGGUCCAGGCGACUACAAGAAACUACUGGACUCCACUCAUCGCCUUCGUACUUACGAUGCUUUUGAUGGAGCCCCCUAUGGUCGGGAAACGAGCGGAGGAGUGGUUCGGUUUGCUGAUCUGACUGUGCCCCAAUACGGACUUCCGCUGUACGACUGGAUCAUUAGUCUGGAGGUGGCGGAACAUAUUCCAUCUGCAUAUGAAGACGUCUACAUUGACAACAUUGUACGGCACGCCAAGAAAGGCGUGGUGUUGAGUUGGGCAGUGCCUGGUCAAGGGGGUCUAUCGCACAUCAACAACAGGCCUUUGGUGUAUGUACAGAAUCUUUUUUCAAACAAAGGAUUUGAAACCGACAUUGUAGGGAGCAAUAUUCUCCAACAAAAGGCAACUUUACCAUGGUUGAAAGCGAACGUGUACGUUUACAAGAGGAGGGCGGAUAGUGUACCUGACCCAAUAGAUGCUUAAAUAUUUGAGGGCGGUAGGGUAGCCAAUUGUUAAAGCGUUCGCUUGUCACGCCUAAGGCAGGGGUUGGAUUCGGCACAUGGGUACAAGGUGUGAAGCCCAUUUCUGGUGUUCUCCGCCGUGAUAUUGCUGAAAUAUCGCUAAGAGCGGCGUAAAACCGUACUCACCAGUUGUGAAUAUUGUAACACGCAUGUACCAAAUAUGCAAUCUAUUUUUGUCUUAGAACAUAUGGUCAUUAAACUCAUUUCAACAGUA